AUGCGACGUUCGCUCGCUCCUCUUUGGAUGGGUCCCAUCCUCUUGUGCACCGCUCUUACAACCCAUAAAAAGACUCGACUGAAGCGUAACGUGUCCGAAAACGACGACCGCGUUUUUACACUGGCCAAAGCAUCCAUUUCUUGUUUUUUUUGCCUUGUCGCGGCCGCCGAUAUCGUUCGCCAAGCGAAUCUUGACGCCAAAGAAAAAAAGCAUACUGCGCCUGCAGACGUCGUCUACAGUGUUUUGUUUGAGCUUCAGGUUACAUCAUUAGUCGUCGCAGGCUUUCACAGCGCUUAA